CUGUUGUGAACUUCCAUAGUGCAGUUCAGUUUAGUCGCCGCUCGUCCUCCACGUUCGGAGGAUGGUAUGCGCCUCUACUCUUAUAAUGUAAAAGAAAAUGCUUUUUCUAAGGAGACUAACGUACUUUUAUUUUGAAGUGUUGUUUUUUAAGAAGACAGGCAUUCUUUUGUGAAUUCUGUGGAAAACCCAUCAAACAUAUAGUUGAAAGUGAAUCGCUAUUUUAAUAUACUGUUUUUAUAAAUGUUUUUGUUCGUGACGUAUAUCAGUAAUCGUGAAUAUUCGUAGUUUUUUUUUUUUUUUUUUUUUUUUUUGUUAUACUUAAAGUAUGGACUGUUCUUAACGCGUACGUUCGAUUCGUAAACACGUCAUUAACAUUUUUCGUGAAUUAAUCAUCGCAACGGAAUUUUAAAACAUUCACCAUUAUUUCAACAAAGUUAGGAAUCACACGUCAGAACUUCCUUAAUUAACAUUUCGUUAUAAAUCGAGCUGUAGCGGCUAUAAUGCAGUUCAUCGCGUUAAUAAACUGGACUAAUUUAAUCGAAGAUGGAAUGGUUUAUUAAUGAGCUGUUAAUUUUCUACGAAAUUCUUUGCGAGAAUAAAGUAAUAACAUAGUGAACGAGGGGGAGGGGGCAAUACAGAAACAGAAACAAAAACAGUGGUUACGAAGGUUGUUUGCAGUGUCGCUACGAACAGAAUGAUAAAAGUUUGGACCGUCUGAAGAUCGAAAAAGGUGAUUAUGGUGAUAUGAACAACGAUCGCGGCUUGGAAAGAUUAUUGCGCAAACCAAACAAGAAGUCAGACGAAGCUUGGUGCGUGGGAACAGGGAAACGUGGAGAAGCAAACGGAGAUCAUUGUCCGAAAACGACUAACAACGUUCAAAAUGUUUUCCACAAACCGACGAAAAAAUAUUGCCCGGAAAACAACGAGGAAGGAGGCAUUCUUCGAUCGGAACAUUCUCAGAGAACGGUCGAGAAUUCCCAGGAGGAUUCACGUUGGAGAACAAUCAAACAUUCUCCGGUUAACACCGUUUCAGGAACGAGCGAAAGUUUUUCGGGGAUCGUCGCUGCUACUGGAUCAGAAGCUUCUUCCUGGAAGGCGAACGAGGAGCUUUUUGAAUACAAUCUAGCUUGCGUAUUGAAGAAAACUUUGUCGAAAACUUGUCGAUUUAACCGUUUAGUGGAAGUUUGCAAUAAAACGUCGGGGACAAUGAAUGAAAAUUCAUUACAAGUUCCCAAGGAACAGCCCCGCGAGGUCGACGAAGAAAAUUGCCCAGGGAGCAGCGAGUUAGACGUUUCCUGGAGGUCGAGUACCGAUGAAAGUGAAAAUCCAUCCACUUCCUGGAGAUUAGGAACGAGUUCCCCGCGAACACCAACGUUUACGAGUUUGGCUUUGGACGUUUCCUACGCUGGCCUAGACUCUUCCAGUCAUUUGAAUGUUGAAUCCUCAAGAAAGGCCCAGGCACAAGAUUCGUCGUAUUUUUGGGACGAUUUCAGUGUCACGGAGUGUCUGGACAAAAAACUGACAUCGAACGAUGAAAGUACGCCGGAGGAGAGGGUGAAAACUCUGAAGGAAGUUCUAGCCGAAACGAAUAUUCACGAGGGGGAUGGAGUCGUUUCAGAUUUUCUAUUUCACGUCGCCAAGACGAAACACGGCAAGAUUUAUAUCAGGGUUAUUAGAACGAUGCUUCGUAAUCGAGUUCUCUGUAGCAACCGGGUGAGCCAAAUGACCAAGACUUAUAAUGAUAUAGAAGCAGUUACAAGGCUUCUGGAGGAGAAGGAAAAAGAUUUGGAACUGACCGCACGUAUCGGCAAGGAACUGUUAUCGCACAAUCAAAAACUUGAAGCCACAGUUACCAGUUUAGAGUCCGAUCUAAAGGAAGCUAAUGAAACAAUCACCCAACUGACACACGAACUCGCGAAGAAAACGGAAUUAAUUCAAAUCCUCACCAAUGAUACUGAAGAAACAAGCUCUGAAACCAGUACGCCCACCGGACUUCGUGGCAUCAGCCUUGAAAUGAUGCAGACAAAAAUUAGUACCCUUGAAGUCGAAAAUAAACAUUUGAGGGUUGAAUUUUCGAAAUUGAUACACGAUGCUGAUAAUUCGGAAGAGCAAGAGGCUAAACUUGUCAAAGAUAUCGCUGCUCAACUUGCAAGUGCAAAUAUGGAGGUGGACGGGAUUGCAGACGAACUUGAUAGGCAAAAAGAAGAAAAUCGACUGCAACAUGAACAGAUCAUCAGUUUGACAGCAAAAUUAGCUGAAACGGAGUUGAGAUUGGCACGGUUGAUGGCCGAACACGAUGAAGUUGGAGCUACUUUGCAUAUCACUCGAGAUAAUCAAAAUACUCUUGCAAGUGAACUAGCCGAAUUUAAGGAUAGAUACGCAGAGGUGGUGAAUUUAUUAGCGGAUACUCAAGAACAAUUACGAAAACAAAGAAAAAAAGGAAUGCCAACAGUCAGAGGAGGAUCUCUGUUUCCCUCGAUGGGUGUUGUCCCUCAACCAGAUUCUAUUGCUUCAGAACUUGAAUCUUCUCUCUAUUCUGAACUCAGUUUAGAUUCUGGUAUUAGCGCUGAUAGAAUACCUACUUACAAGAAAGUUUUCGAAACGGUUCGAAGCGCUUCAAGAAAUUCUUAUGGGAUGAUUGAUAGUAACCAGUUCCCAAGAAUAGGUUCGAUGACUACAUCAACUUUAUCGAGUGGCUCUAACGGACCGCGUAUGAGCUGCGGACAAUUUCGACCCGUGACAUCAACGUUUCCUAGUCUGGAUUCUGGUGGACACAGCGAUUCGGAAGGUUCUCUUAUCACAGAUUCUGAGGAUUAUCCGGGUCCACAACAGACGGGAGUACCAGGUGCUCCCGGAGCAGCGGACCUCGAAGCGGCUCUUCGCAGACUAACACCAGCAGAAGUCCUUGCAAGGCGUGCUUGUCUUAGCACUGGUACAGGAUACAGUUACGAUUACGAUGCUGGACCUCAUUCACCUUCGACUUUUGUGCCUCUCGGUUGUAGAACUCCAGAUAGUAUCAUGUCUACUGGAAGUUCUGGAAAUUUAAGUGGUUAUGGCGGAAAUGCUUGGAGACUUCCUGAGAAAUUGCAAAUUGUGAAGCCUAUUGAAGGCUCGCAAACUUUACAUCAUUGGACGCAACUAGCAACACCGACAUUAGGUGGUCUUUUGGAGGAACGGCCAGGAGUAAAAACACGAGGAGGCCGUGGGCUGGAAGAUUUAGGCCUAGUCACUUUUACUUUAAGCGAUCUCGAAGAAGACGAAGAAUAUACCAAUCCUGGAAAACUCUUUCAAGACACGGGCUCCAUAUAUACUUUCACCAAUAGUACUGUUCUGCAUCCUGAUGAUCACACAAAUGUAACUUCAAGUCUUGUGGGCAGUAGAGUUGCAACUGCACCUAGCAGUGCUUUAAAUUCAGGAAUGAGUACUCCAAGAACUUUGAGCAGGAGAAAUUCGACUUCAACAUUUUCGACAACGCUUGGGCUUGCGAAGAUGCUAAAUGAAAGAGGUAUAAAAGCCGUCACGCCUUCCUGCGUUGGAACUCCAAGUGGAGAGAGGAAUUAUACACCUACUGCCACCCCUUGCAAUAGUCCAGAUGCUAGUCCUCCAGAAAGUCGAUCUAGUUCACCAACUUCGGAGAGUGGACUUUCUAUGGGAUUAUUGUCUACUGGGGCAGAAUUGUUGAAGAGAACGUUUGGCGGAGAUACAGAAGUGAAGAGGAAGCGAACUGUACUCUCCAGAUCCGACAAGAAAGCUCUUACUAGUAUCCGUUUAGUUGAAAAGCUUGAACGAAUUGGCAUCGAUACUAUAAUGGCUACAACAACCGGUUCAUCGAUUUCUCCGCUAACACUUCAAGGUUCUUUGUAUACCAGGCGUGCUAUCGAAAGUCCCAUGGCUCAGUUAACUUUCCUAAAAGGCUCCAUGUCGUCGAGUGGAAGUCAGGAUAAACUUUCACCUUCUUCCACUACAAGCGAUUCCUCGUCAACAAAACGGAAAUUCGAUGAAAAGAAGCAAGAUGAAUCCAUGCUAACCAGGGAGUCAAAUAGACACAGAAGAACUGGUGCUAGAGCUACAAGACCUGACCUGGGACAGGUUACACCUGCGAUACCUGUCACGGUUACAAAAGAAUCACCUGCACAGUCUGCUUUAGGAACUAUUAGUUCGCUUUUGUUUGGACGAAAGGGUGGAUUACUCUGAGAUCACUGUUUGUUGCGCACUAAGUAAAUUACUAUGGCGAUCAGGAUUGAUGGGAUUCUAAGAGGUGGUAACGAAAGAUUGUCGGAGUGAUGAGAAAGUGGUAUAUAUAACUAUCUCUGUUAGACUAUUUUACAAUUCUUCAGGAUAAAGUGCAAAUUAUUAUUUUUUAAUUGUACAUUUUUGCUGUACCAAAAAUGAUCAAAAAUUGACAUUAUUAGCAAACCAAGAAAAGUACAACGAACCGUCGUAUUAUACAAAAUGCAUAAGAUGCAAAGUAUGGAAUUGCUAUUACACUUUACUGUGUAUUUACUUAUAUCACAAUAUUUUUGAAAUCUGUUUUUAACAUUUUUUAAAAAGUGAAUGUGUUCUUAUUUUACAGACCGUUUAUACUUCCUAUUCGAAAAUAUCAGUACAUAAACUAGCACACAUACUAGUGGUUGAACAUUCCUAUGAUAUUACUCAUUUUUUUAAGCCUUUAUUAUUAAAUCAUUUUACUAUAUGCUGAAUUGCUAGAGAAUGUUUUAAGUAUUAUUUUUAAUUAAAUAUGGAGUUAUAAUUAAAUAUAUAUUACAUAUCUGCAUUUGCUUUAAAAACAUUAUAGAUAUUUUUUUGCGGCAUGAAAGUAGUUCAAUAUUAAGUGAAAUAACAAUAUUUCCAGUAUUAUGUUUAAAUACACAAAUAUAAGUGUACAAUUUUUUAAACUAACAAUUUCUCAACGCUUCGACGAUCUGCAAUUGUAAAAAGACUAAAACCCCCUUCGUUAAUUUCAUUUUUGAAAUGCAGCUAUUUUACAUUAAGUAGUUCAUUUUUAAAAUGAUUUAUUGCAAAUAAUUAAUUUAUAUUUGAAAAUAAAGAAAUGGAAACAUUUAGUAGAAUUGCAUAGAGAAAAGCAGAUAAAACACUUGUUAAUCAUCGUUUUUAGCACUCAUCGAUCAUUGAUGAUCAAUCCAGGAACACAAGAAUAAAUAAUUUGAAGUUGUUUGUUUAUAUAUAUAUGUACACACACAAAGUGGGAGUUAGAAAAAUGUAUUAUGUAAAUUAAUUUACAUUGUAUAGAGAAUAUUAUAAUAGUAAUUGAUACUUACAAUCACGUAGAAUGCUGCAGUCAUGUAAUUAUGAAAUGCUACAAUUUAUUCAGCGCAAUUUUUAUGGAUACUAGUGACAUAUUUUGUUAUCACAGAAUGCAAGUGACCUCUUUUACGCGAAAAUGUUUAAUGUUAUUGUUAUUAUACAUUAUUUUACGUUAGAGGUCAUUGUUAAGAAAGUCCAAGGAUUAAUCAUUUAGCAUGGAAUAAUUUGGUCAAUAUUACAUUAAUAUACCACAAAUAAUGAAGGAUAAAGUAUCCACAAAUAAUGAAAAAAGCUUACCAAAAAAGAAUGCAACAUUAAUAAUGCACGAAAAAGCAAAUAAAUGGGAUCGGACCAUACAGUCAACCAUAAUUAGUAUAAAUUAAUUUAUAAUCAAAGUAAUACAAAUUGAUCAAGAGAAAAUAUGUUCGUCAAAUAUUAAAAUUAUUGAAAAAGGUCGCAUCGAAUGUUGUAAGUCGAAGCACAAUUUUUAGAGGUAGAACAUGUAAGGUGCUUUAAGUUAAACAAUUCUGUUUUAUUUACAUUAGGAGAUCGCAAAUUAUUUAGUUACUAUGCUUUAGAUGAAUUAUUUAAUUGAGUGACUACUGUCGAUCUCUUACAAGAGACCCUACAGUUAGUACAAGUAAUUAAUUAAUUAUACUGUCCAACAAAUUUAAACUUUUUUUAAAUUCCGCGAUAUCCACUAGGUGAUUCUUAUAGGGUUCCUCGUCCUAAAUACGAAUUUGAAAGUGAAAUUGCUCCAUCACCCUUUUUUGAAAAAUUCGCGAUUUUGUAAAUACGGUCGAUUUUGAAAGAAAACGAAGUACUACUUGAGAAGUACGAACGCUAAAAAGUUCUAUUUAGUCUUCAUAGAUAGAGGAGUGUUUUCU